AAAUGCAUUGCUUUCACGUGUUUGCUCAAGUUAUGUUACUUUUAUUUGUGUUCGACGCGAAUGCUUUACAAUUUGAAGUUAAUACUCUGACUUUCAAGGGCGUUUGUGAGCAGAAGGGUGGAGAUUGGUGCAGCUUAAAAUGCCAAAUAGCAGGUGGGCGCGAUGGUUAUUGCAACAAAGCAAAAAUCUGUAAUUGCCGGCAAAUGUAAGCUGAAUGCUCCAUUGAAUUGGAAAUACUUAUAAAUAUAUGCAGAUGCCUUGGGCGUAUGUAUGAAAACUAUCUCUAAAUAAAGACGACAUCUUUUGCUUAUGAGUGUUGCCAUUUUUGUUAAUACGGGUUCUC